AUGGAGAGUGAACACCAUGACUACGACAUCACCGAUGUUCACAGUGUUUACGAGCGAAAUGUCAGCUGCUUUGUCUGCAGGAGAAACUUUCAGCCGGAGGUUGAAACUGAUGAGGCUUUUGAUGUAAUGAGUAUAUGCAGAGACUGCAAAACCAGCGUUUUCGAUGAUCUUGGAACCACGAUGUCAACUCCAAGAGACGUCCACCAGAGGAGGCAAAGGGGGGUAAGAGUUAGGCGGCAGAGUUCAGAGUCAGUUGAGGACCUGUUUCUCCAGGAAUUCUCUCAGCUCAUAAAUCUAGCUAGACAGAAUCGUGAAACCCAUCUUGAGGGUGGCAGUGCUCAGACUGUGAGCUCUACUAGUCGAGACAGAUCAAUAAGAUGGAGACGGACCCUUUCAGAUAAUGAGAGUGAUGGGCUUGAUCAGGUAGAUUCUUUAUUUGCUGAGAGCGAUUCCAACUUCAGCUUCGGCGUCUACGGUGGGGAAUCUGAUGCGUCGGUGGACGGGCCUAGUUUUCUAGAUCGAGAAGUGUUCAUCCAUCUUGACGACGAGAGUCGGAUCGUCACUGAUAUUGGUAUCGACCCGAUGCACACGGGAUUAGAUUCGUGGAAUUCUGAUGAUCAAGAUGAAGAUGGUGAAGAGUGGGAGGACACCAAUUUCGAUGAAGAAGUCACUCCAGAAGUUGACCCUUCUCAUCAAAUUCGAGAUGCGAGUGGAAGUCCAGUUGCGAAUAGGGCUCGAGUCCACUGGAUUUCACAGGAAGAUGGGUUCCUGCCGUAUCCGAGCAUCUUCUCCGAUUUGGAGGAAUCAGACCUUUACAUCCAGUCAGGGGACUAUCUCAAUGGAAGGGGUCUCGAGGAGUUACUCGAGCAUCUGGCUGAGACUGACGGCUCGAGAAGAGGGGCCCCCCCUGCUUCAUCAUCUUUCGUGGAGAAUCUCCCUCGAGUGGUCUUCUCCGAGGACCACGAGAAGAAUGGCGGCUUGAUCUGUGCCAUAUGUAAGGACCCACUGCUCACUGGUACCCAGGUAAGCCAGCUUCCAUGCCUCCACUUCUACCACCCUUCCUGCAUCCUCCCAUGGCUGUCUUCCCGGAACUCGUGCCCUCUGUGCCGAUACGAGCUCCCCACAGACGAUCCUGAUUACGAACAAGGGAAGAGGCAUCUGAGCAGCGGCCCGAUGGAGCUAACGGAGAUCAGGGACGAAGAACUCCCCGAGGAAGGUUCAUCCACGGAAUCCAGCGACUCAGAAGUGGAGGAGGUGAGCGAUCUUGGCCUUGAAAGGCAGGAGACUAUGGGUUCCGGAGAAGAUGACCCCAGUGAUCCUAGCCAUUCAAGUAGAGGGGGUGCUGGAGGAGGAUGGCUUCUUCUUGCUGCUGCUCCAAUUGUGGGUAUUGUGGGUGCUGUUCUUGUGUUGUGGCUUGGGAAGCCUCUGACCAGAGGAGGAGGAAGUCUCCGCAGCCAUGGCGGUUGGGGUGAUCAGAUCCCGCGGGUGUCCUCAACAAACGACUCUGCUCAAGCGAGUGGCAAUGGCAGGAACAGGAGAUGGUGGCCCUUCUUUUAG